CGGAGGCGCGGAUCGGGCCGGUUUCUCCUCGCUCCCGCUUUGGCUGCGUGGAAGGCGCAAAACGAAGCUCCGUCCGGGAAGCUUGAGGGCGAUGCCUUCCGCAGCAUCGCGCUCGGCUGGGCUGUGCUGAGAUCGCUGCGUGGCUACCGCGCCGGUUGCUGUUGGGGACUUUGCAUUCUUUCCCACUUCUGUCCGGAGAAGAGGCGAGCAUGCCGGCCGCCAGGAGGGCGCGGGGCUCGGGGCGCCUCUGGCUGCUCCUGGGGCUCUGGAGCGUCACGCUGUGGCUGCCCAGCCAAGGAUGCCCCAGUAAAUGUACCUGCUCCGGACCCAACGUGGAUUGCCACGGUCUGGGAUUCAGAACGGUGCCCCGCGGCAUUCCGAGGAACGCAGAGAGGCUAGACUUAGACAGAAACAACAUUACAAGGAUUACAAAGGUGGACUUUGCUGGGCUUAAGAAUCUCCGUGUUCUGCAUUUGGAAGAGAAUCAAGUUAGUGUGAUAGAACGUGGAGCAUUUCAAGAUCUGAAGCAACUUGAAAGGCUGCGUCUGAACAGAAAUAAACUUCAAGUUCUUCCAGAGCUCCUUUUCCAGAACACACUGAAGCUAACCAGACUGGAUUUAAGUGAAAAUCAGAUUCAAGGCAUCCCAAGGAAGGCUUUUCGUGGAAUUACUGAUGUGAAAAAUUUGCAACUGGACAACAAUCAGAUCAGCUGCAUUGAAGAUGGAGCCUUUCGAGCCCUGCGUGACUUGGAGAUUCUUACUCUCAACAACAACAACAUUACUCGCAUCCCUCUGACCAGCUUCAACCAUAUGCCAAAGAUCAGGACCUUACGGCUUCAUUCUAAUUACUUAUACUGUGACUGCCAUCUGGCUUGGCUUUCUGAUUGGCUGCGUCAGAGGCGAUCAGUUGGACAGUUUACAUUCUGCAUGGCACCUGUUCACCUGAGGGGAUUUAAUGUUGCUGAUGUUCAGAAAAAAGAAUAUGUCUGCACAGGUUCUCACGCUGAACCUCCUUCUUGCAAUGCCAAUUCCAUCAGUUGCCCAUCUACUUGUACUUGCAGCAACAAUAUUGUGGAUUGUCGAGGAAAGGGUUUAACUGAAAUUCCAGCCAACCUUCCAGAAAGUAUUGUUGAAAUCCGCUUGGAACAGAACUCUAUCAGAAGCAUCCCCCCUGGAGCUUUCUCUCAGUAUAAGAAACUUAAAAGAAUUGAUAUCAGCAAGAAUCAAAUAGUGGAUAUUGCAUCAGAUGCUUUUCAGGGCCUGAAAUCGCUCACUUCGCUAGUGCUUUAUGGAAAUAAAAUUACGGAGAUUCCCAAGGGUCUUUUUGAUGGGCUUGUGUCUCUGCAGUUGCUACUGCUCAAUGCCAAUAAGAUCAACUGCCUGAGAGUAAACACAUUUCAAGAUCUUCAUAAUCUCAAUUUACUAUCUCUAUACGACAAUAAACUACAGACCAUCAGCAAAGGGCUUUUUGUGCCUCUGCAAUCCAUUCAAACUCUGCAUUUAGCUCAGAAUCCAUUUGUGUGCGACUGCCAUUUGAAGUGGCUGGCUGAUUACCUGCAGGAUAAUCCAAUAGAAACCAGCGGCGCUCGAUGCAGCAGCCCACGUCGCCUUGCCAACAAACGAAUCAGCCAGAUCAAGAGCAAGAAGUUCCGUUGCUCAGGUUCAGAAGACUACAGGAGUAAGUUUACUGGGGAGUGCUUCAUGGACCUUGUCUGUCCUGAAAAGUGCCGCUGUGAGGGAACAAUUGUAGAUUGUUCCAACCAAAAACUGACUCGACUUCCCAGUCAUCUCCCAGAAUAUACCACAGAUCUGCGUUUACAUGACAAUGACAUUUCUGUUCUUGAAGCUACUGGAAUAUUCAAGAAGCUCCCCAGUUUACGGAAGAUAAACCUGAGUAACAACAAGAUCAAAGAGAUUCGAGAAGGUGCUUUUGAUGGGGCUGCAGGGGUGCAGGAACUGAUGUUGACGGGGAAUCAGCUGGAAUCUGUACAUGGACGAAUGUUUAGAGGCCUUUCAGGGCUCAAGACUUUGAUGCUUAGGAGCAAUGUGAUCAGUUGUGUCAACAAUGAUACAUUCACAGGACUAAGCUCAGUACGGUUACUUUCUCUGUACGACAAUCGCAUUACUACAAUCACACCUGGAGCCUUCAAUACCCUUGUUUCUUUAUCUACAAUUAAUUUGCUGUCUAAUCCAUUUAAUUGCAACUGCCACUUGGCCUGGUUGGGGAAAUGGCUGAGGAAGAGAAGGAUUGUCAGUGGAAAUCCACGUUGCCAGAAACCUUUUUUUUUGAAGGAGAUUCCAAUUCAGGAUGUGGCUACGCAGGACUUUACAUGUGAUGGUAAUGUUGAAAGCAGCUGUCAUUUGUUCCCCCGUUGUCCAGACCAAUGUACCUGUGUUGAUUCUGUGGUUCGAUGCAGUAACAAAGGGCUGCGGUUCCUGCCUAAAGGUGUCCCUAAAGAUGUGACUGAACUGUAUCUGGAAGGAAAUCAUUUGUCUGCUGUGCCAAAGGACCUCUCUGUGUUCAGACACUUGACCCUGAUUGACUUGAGCAACAACAGCAUCAGCAUGUUGGCCAAUUACACCUUCAGUAAUAUGACACAGCUCUCAACACUGAUCCUGAGCUACAACAAGCUACGUUGUAUCCCAGUCCAUGCAUUCAAUGGGCUCAAGUCUCUCAGAGUGCUGACUCUUCAUGGCAAUGAUAUUUCCAGUGUCCCUGAAGGAUCCUUUAAUGAUCUUCUGUCACUUUCCCAUCUGGCACUUGGUACCAACCCCUUACACUGUGACUGCAGCCUGCGCUGGCUUUCAGAAUGGGUAAAAGCAGGCUACAAAGAGCCAGGGAUUGCACGGUGCAGCAGUCCAGAUGACAUGGCAGACAGGCUGUUGCUCACAACACCAACUCACCGUUUCCAGUGCAAAGGAGCUGUUGAUAUCAAUAUUGUGUCCAAGUGUAACCCUUGCUUAUCCAAUCCAUGUAAAAACAAUGGGACUUGCAAUAAUGAUCCAGUGGAUUUUUAUAGAUGCACUUGUCCAUUUGGCUAUAAGGGUCGAGACUGUAGCACACCCAUUAAUGCCUGCAUUCAGAAUCCAUGCCAAAAUGGAGGGACAUGCCAUCUCACAGACACAAAUCAAGAAGGAUUCAGUUGUUCCUGCCCAAUUGGGUUUGAAGGGGAGAAAUGUGAAACUAAUCCAGAUGACUGUGAAGAUAAUGAUUGUGAGAACAACUCGACUUGUAUAGAUGGAACAAACAAUUAUGCCUGCCUUUGUCUUCCCAACUAUACAGGGGAGCUGUGUGACGAGGUGAUCAAUCAAUGUGUUCCUGAACUAAACCCUUGUAAACAUGACUCCAAAUGUAUCUUUCUUGAGAAAGGAUACAGAUGUGAAUGCUUACCUGGCUAUAGUGGCAAACAUUGUGAAACUGAUGAUGAUGACUGUGUGGGACACAAAUGUCGGCAUGGCGCAUUGUGUGUGGAUGCUGUCAAUGGGUAUACUUGUAUUUGCCCUCAAGGGUUCAGUGGCCUGUUCUGUGAAAAUCCUCCACCAAUGGUUCUGCUCCAGACUAGCCCUUGUGACCACUAUGACUGCCAAAACGGAGCCCAGUGCAUUGUAGUACAGCAGGAACCGGUCUGUCGUUGUCUGGCUGGCUUUGCUGGCCAGAAGUGCGAGAAACUUAUCACUGUCAAUUUUGUUGGGAAGGAUUCCUAUGUUGAAUUGCCACCAGCCAAAAUCCGCCCUCAAGCAAACAUCUCCCUCCAGGUAGCAACAGAUAAAGACAAUGGCAUUUUAUUGUACAAAGGGGACAAUGAUCCUCUGGCUUUAGAGUUGUAUCAGGGCCAUGUGAGGCUUAUCUAUGACACAUUGACUUCUCCACCCACAACUAUAUACAGUGUGGAAACAGUAAAUGAUGGGCAGUUUCACAGUGUGGAGUUGGUAAUGCUGAACCAGACUUUGAACUUGGUUGUAGAUAAAGGUGCUCCCAAGAGCCUUGGAAAAUUGCAGAAACAGCCCAUGGUUGGUCAUGACACAUCUCUGUACAUUGGAGGUAUUCCUACAUCCACAGGACUGUCUUCAUUGCGGCAGGGUACAGAGAGGACACCCAGUGGUUUCCAUGGAUGUAUACAUGAUGUCCGCAUUAAUAAUGAACUGCAAGAUUUCAAGGAUUUACCACAUCAGUCAGUAGGGGUCCUUCCUGGCUGCAAAUCCUGUAACAUCUGUAAACAUGGCAUCUGCCGCUCUAUUGAGAAAACAAGUGUUGUGUGUGAGUGCCACCCAGGCUGGACAGGCUCACUUUGUGACUACGAAGUUAAAGAUCCCUGCCUCAAUAACAAGUGCCUUCAUGGUAAAUGCAUAGCCACCAAUUCUGCGUAUAUGUGUAAGUGCAUAGAAGGUUUCAUGGGCAUGUACUGCGACAGAAAGAAUGAUUCCUUCAACCCCUGCAGACUUCUGAAAUGUAGCCAUGGGCAAUGUAAGAUCUCAGCACAUGGGGAGCCCUAUUGUGAAUGUGAUCCAAACUACAGUGGCGAGCGUUGUGAUAGAGAGAAUCUGUGCCAAGGAGAGAUUGUUCGUGAAUUGAUUCGGAGGCAACAAAGUUCCAUCUCUUGUGUCUCUACGGUCAAGGUACAGCGCAUGGAAUGUCAUGGCAGCUGUGGGAAUGAUCAGUGCUGUGUUCCCCUCCGGAGCAAAAGGCGGAAAUAUAUCUUCCAGUGUGUGGAUGGUUCCUCUUUCACAGAAGAACUGGAGAGGCAUGUGGAAUGUGGCUGUGGAAAGUGUUUAUAAACAUCUGGUCAGCCCCUUUCCCUAUUGUAUCGACUCAGAUGUGCUAUCAAAAGUGGGACCUAUUUACUUUUAAGUGAAGAAGAGAAUAUUAAGUAUAUUGUAAAAUAAGCAAAAAUAGAAGUUAUUUUUAUUAUGAAAAGUGACUAUUUUCAUCUAUUAUUAUAUAAAGUAUCUGACUGUUUUGGAUAUAUGUAUCAUACAGUGAGUUAUUUUUACUAUGGAUUUUUUUUUACAGUUGUAAAAAAAAAUUGGAAAAAUUAUUCCAAAUCUAAACACAGGGAUUAAAAACAGAGUAUAGUUGAUAAGCUUUGCACGAUGACCAGAUGUGAAGGUAUUUCAAAGGUUUUGCCACAGAAAUAGUAGAAUAUGUCUUUAAAAUUCUGAAUAGAUGCACAUAAGAGAUCUCAGCUCUCAGACAUCUUUCGUGUCUCAGUGUGCUCAGUUAAGAUCUCUUUCAGAUGAUGAUCAUGAUGAAAUAAUGACUAGUUGUGUUUGUCAGUGUUGAGGAUAAGCUUGAAAUCGUAGCCAAAAAGCACAUCAUGACACUGCAGUAGCUUGAGCCUCAUGCACAGAUUUCAUUAUGCACAUGUUAAUGCAACAGCAGUAAUACCUCUUGCUUUGUACGCAUCACUGACUCUCACACUGCUGUGUCACUCAUCAGUUGUAUUGGCAUUCUGGCACCAAUACUCUUUCAAAAAACGAACAUGACAAUUAAGUUUUUUUUUAACAUUAACAGAUGGAAAGUAAGUGCUGUGUAAAUACCUAACAAAUAACUUAGGGAACAAUCCGGAUAUCUAGCAUAUCCUUUCCUCCUCCACCCAUGCAUGUUGCUUCAUGUGUAACAUUUCUUCCUGAUUCUCUUCUCUAGCUACCUUAUUUCAUAUGCAGAGUAAUAACACACAGGGCUGCAUACAGAAGAUAGACUGAAUCGUCCCUGUAGUAAUCAGACAAUGUUGUAUAAUGGUUAGAGUACUGGAUUAUAACUAUAUAUCCAAUUCAAUUGUCUGGUCUCCAUGAAACUCCGUGAGUAGCCUUGGGCCAGUUAUUCACUCACAAAUCCACCGAAAUUACUGGGUUGUGAGGAUAAAAUGGAGGAAGGGAGAAUAGAGUUACCAACUCCUGCUUGGGAUAUAUCUGGGGAAUUGGGGGUCGGGUCUGGGUAGGUGUGGUUUAGGGGUGGAGCCUGGGUGGGUGUGGUUUGGGAAGGGGAGCAGAGUAUAAUUCCAUAGAGUCUAUCUCCAAAGCAGCCAUUCUCUCCAGGAGAAUUGAUCUCUGUGGUCUGGAGAUUAGUUAUAAUUUUGAGAGAUCUCCAGCUCCAUGCUGGCAUUUGGCAACUGUAAGGGAGGACCAAUUAUCAUUCUGUACUCAUGGGAAGAAAAAUUGGCUAACAAUGAAAUAAAUUAAUAAUGGCCUGUAGUGGCAACCUUCUCGCUUGUAAUUCCUUAUUAAUUUAUGCUUUAGUUUGCAAAGCAGCUGUGCCAAGGAUGUACUGAAACACUGCCUUACUAGUUUAUGACAAUCAAUUUUAAAAUUGCCACAGCCCCCUUUAAAUAAAUCUAUUGCUCUUCUCCCCAGGCCCAGGCAUGUGAUGAACUGAAAACUGAAAGUAAUGCACCCGGGAAUUCUUCAUAUGAUAACUGUAGUCCACAUGCUAAGCUACACAAUGUGUUAAACCGCCACAUGCAACAGCCAGAACGUGGAGGUUGUUUAUUGCAGUUCCCACAUGGGGCAGGGCCUACUGGGUAGACCUUUCUUUAACUGAGAACUUGGAGAGUGUGGAAUUUAACUGUGUUAUUCAUAGGAAUUUUGUAUUGGUUGACCACCAAAAAUGCCUUUCAUGUUCUAUACAACCACAAAAUCUCUCUGGCUUGUUUUCUGAAGUCCCUUUUUUCUUUCCAUUCUUACAUGCAGUGAAAGCAGCAGCCUAUAACUCCAAAGAGUCAAUAGUUAGAGAAGGUAGGAUUUUCAACAGUGCUUAAGAGAGAAUAAAUUCUCUCUAUUCCAAUCUGAUCCUGAGGGGCUGACAAAAUCCUAUGAGUUUAGAACAGGUCCUUCCCAGAAUAAUGCAUACAUACACUUGAAAAGUAUGCUUUUUUAAAGGAAGCAUGGAGGAUGAAUCUCACUCAAGAAUGACACAGUCUGUCUGGGGUAAAAAACAGAUUUGAACAUGUCACAGGCAUUUUGCCCCUUUUUCAGAUUUCAGGAGCCUGAAAAUGCUUAAGAGUCUUUAUUCUAAUUACAGCUUUCUGAAAGCCACAAUAGUUUGUUCAGAUUCCUUAUGGAUAAUUUCAGGCAGGAGGGAAGUGACUGAUACAAUAGUUGCCUUUCAGCACAAAUAGUAGUACAUGGAGCCUGCAAUCAGUGUAACAUAAAACAAUCACUGCUUACUUUGCCAAAAAACUGAUUGAAAUAAUUGUUCAGGAGCCGGUGCAGGAGGAAAAAAUCUGCUGUGGACAGUUUGUGUUAUUUUGAGCAUUAUAUGUGAUGCUGGAAGCAGCUGGAAUUUAUAAUGUAGAAAUGUACCACAAUCUGCAGAGACCAAAAGUUUGCAAAAGUGAAUGUGAUACCACUCUUGUGUAAAUAAGACUCCAGCACAAAUGUUCUUCCCCUAAUGAUUUAUUCCCUUUUGGUUACCCAAGAAGCUGUUGCCUCUGUUGGAGACAAUGGAAACCCAUCCAGAAUAGCCAGAUAAUAAAACUGAAAUGCUACUAAAAUAUUAAUUAUUUGGUUUUGCAAGUUAGCUGUUCUGCGGGCUCUAUGUUGCCAAGAAGAAAACAAGAAAAUUGUAUUAAAAUAAUCAAGAAAGGAGGUACAGCCUCACUUUGGUCAUUGGGUCUUUUAAUACAACAACUUAUUAGACAGCACAAAAAAGCCACUAGCAUUAUGGGAAAUAAUUCCAACUGACAGGUUGAAAGAUAACUAGCCACAGUAGAGAAAGCCUGAUGCUGUUUUAUCACUAUGUACUUGGACUAUGCUGUGAUCUAAAAGAAAAGCCACUUUAUUUGCUUUCUGCCGCUAGACAGUGUAUGUUUUUCUGUGUAUCAGCUGAUGUGAUAUUGAAUCUGGUUCUUCUAUUUUGUUUUUUAAAGUGCCAAAAGGUCUAUGAAGUUAGUUUUAAAGUGUUAAUUAGAUCUCUCUAAUCUUCUUAAAUGACAGUACAUUUCAGCUACUGUAAAUUGAAUGCAGUAGUUUACUUUUAAAAGUUAAUAUAAAGAAAGAUUGCUAACCCUAUAAAAACUGUACAUUGGCAAUGUGGACUGAUAUGAAUUCUGUGUAUUUUACUAGAUUGUCCUAUUGUGAUGUAAUAAAUUUAAGUAAAUUGUUGGGUUAUAUAUGAUAAUA